AUUGAAACUUUCUUCCGGACUAGAACAACGCCAUUCCAUUCUCAUUCUUAGUCGAAGUAGAAAUUAACAACUAAUCAUAUAUAAAAUGAGAAAAAAAAGAACAUUUUAGCCGAUGUAGUAGCUGAAGCAAUAUUUUUCCUGUGUAAAAUUCUAACUUUAGUAGUUUAAGGUAGAGCUCAACUAUGAUUGCUGUAUUGCUUCGUCGCUACAAAGUAUUAUGUUUAAUCGGCGUAACAAUAGUAAUUAUUCAAAUCUUCCUUGGCUACAAAUCAACAAAACUUGCAACAGAUUCAUAUAAUUCAGACGAAUCAACAAAUGAACAAAAUGAUCGUUUCACAUUUUUGGAAUCAUCUUCCGUGGUAAAAUCUAUAUAUCAGGAUCAAAAAGACACAGAGAACAACGAGAGAUUUUCUAUAUUGCUUAAUGAGUGGGGAGUUAAGCCUAAGUGUGAAAUAUCUAAAGAUAAAGAAGUUGUUUCAGCAGUUCAUCGUGCAAAAUCGCGACAAUGUAAAGAACAUAUUAUCGAUGUUGCUUGUAAAAUCAAAUCAGGUUCACUCUUUCCUAAAACAUUGCCCAACACAUGUCCAAGUGGCAAUUACAUAAUUGAGCGAUCGCUAGGAUGUUAUCAAGAUGAUAAGAAACACCGACUACUUCCCGAGUUUUAUGCCAAUUUCAAAGAUACAAAUUCACCUAAAAAAUGUAUUCAGAUGUGUCUUCAAUCUGGUUACCUUUAUGCGGGAGUUCAAUAUUCAACAGAAUGUUUCUGUGGAAAUAAAGAACCGAAUAUUAAUACAAAAUUACCAGACUCUAGUUGCAAUAUGAAAUGUCCCGCUGAGCCAAAAUUUAUAUGUGGAGGCUACUUUACGAUAAAUAUUUAUGGAACUGGUAUAUCAGAUGUCACAAAGCCUUUACCAAAAAUCAACAAAGAAGAAAAUGUACGAAUUGUUUUCCUUCUCACCCUCAAUGGAAGAGCCAUACGUCAAAUCUAUCGCUUGCUCAAGUCAUUAUAUAGUGUAAAUCACUUUUAUUACAUUCACGUUGAUUCGCGUCAGGAUUAUAUUUUUCGUGAGCUUCUAAAGUUGGAACCAAAGUUUUCAAAUAUUCGACUGUCCAGAAGACGAUACUCAACAAUUUGGGGCGGAGCAUCUCUACUCAAAAUGCUUUUAAGUUGCAUGACUGAUAUACUUGAACUAGAUUGGCACUGGGAUUAUGUUUUGAAUCUUAGUGAAAGUGAUUUUCCCAUUAAAACAUUGGAUAAGCUUGAAGCUUUUUUAUCUGCGAAUAGAAACAAAAAUUUUGUGAAGUCGCAUGGACGGGAAGUACAAAGAUUCAUUCAGAAACAAGGACUUGACAAGACAUUUGUUGAAUGUGAUAUUCACAUGUGGAGAAUUGGAGAACGUAAUUUACCCGAUGGCAUACAAAUUGAUGGAGGUUCCGAUUGGGUGUGUUUAUCAAGAAGUUUUGUCAGUUAUGUUACUUUGGAUCAAAAAGAUGAACUUAUAAAAGGACUGCUAGAAAUCUUUCAAUACACACUUUUACCAGCUGAAUCAUUUUUUCAUACAGCUAUCAGAAAUUCCGUUUUUUGUGACACUUACAUCGAUAAUAAUCUUCACAUCACAAAUUGGAAGAGAAAAAUGGGCUGCAAAUGUCAAUAUAAAUCAAUUGUUGACUGGUGUGGUUGUUCGCCAAAUGAUUUCAAACCAGAUGAUUGGCCUCGACUGCAAGCGACUGAAUUAAAACAAUUGUUUUUCGGUAGAAAAUUUGAGCCAUCGAUUAAUCAAUUAAUAAUAUUACAAUUAGAAGAAUGGCUUUUCGGUUCUUAUCCACAUGGCUUUGAAAAUCUCAAUAGUUAUUGGCAAAACACAUAUCACCACAAAGAUAAAAGUCCAGCUCCGAAAGAUUCUUUGUUGACUGUCGCUGAAAGUUUAAUUCGUAUAAAUUCUAAAUCGAAUAAUUUCUUUCACUUUUAUGAGCCUUUAAAAAUUCUGGAAAUAACAGAUUAUUGGGAACUUGAGGUCUAUAAAGGAUUUCUUAUAAAACACGAAGCUCGAUUCAACAAUUUCACGGUUAUACUUGAGACAUGGUGUCGUCCGAGUCAUCAUCAUGCUCAAAUAUCGAAAUCAAAUCCAUUAGCAAAAAGAAUUAUGCAAUUGGAUGUAAGCACAGAUUUCGAUCAAAAAGAGCUAGUUUCACGAAAUUUUGCAAAAAUAAUUGGAGAAAAUUCAGAGCCAGUUCUAAUUACGAAAUUCUCUGGAUAUUUUCAGAGUAAGAUUACAAAAGUGAAUCUAACUAUUGUUUGGAUUGAUUCUAGUGAAAAAAUCCGCGACGUUACAAGUCUUGUUAUUGAAGAUAUCACAAUCACGGCCAUUUAUUUUAGUAAAUCAAAUUUGUUUAAUGAACUUCAGAGUGGCGUAUGGACGGUUAAAAUUCUUUAUAACAAAACUCUUAUUGCUGUCACAAAAUUUUUAGUUGUGCCAAAUCUGAAUUCUUCAUCCAAAGAAAACAAUCUUAGUCAUAAUAUUAUAGAUAAGGAUGUUGUUAACUUCUUCUCAAUUGAAAAUACUUGCGUAUUUUUCAAUAAGAGAAAUAUUCGGGAUAUUGUAAUAGGCUAUUUAGCUGCUAGUAAUGGUGAUUGGAACGGAAAACCUUUUCAAAAACUUUUAGAAUGUAAAAAGACUAAAUGGAGCACUUUUUCGCCUGAUCCAAAAAGUAAGCUUUCGAAUGAUGCUGUAAAUGUUGAUGGAUCAUCGUAGCACCUUUACAUGUGAAUAUUUUUUACCUUUCCUUUCAUAAUGUUAUUUGUUGCUUUUGUAAUGUAGAUAAAUCAAUUGUUUAAUUAUAGUUGAUUUUUUAUUGAAAAGAUGCAUUAAAAUAUGACUACAUAAUCAAAUCAUCAUCUGGAUCUUCUUCUUCGUCAAAAUCGUCGAGAUCGUCUGGAGUGUAUACAAUCUUUCCAUCGCCUUUAUUAUCAUCUUUUGAUUUGUUUUGAGCAGGUAAAUUAAUCAAUUCAAAAGGAAGUUUAAGAUUCUUUUUUGCUUCUAAUUCAUGAGCAGUAAAAUCUCCUAUUUUAAAAGUCUCACUUAAUUUCUGAUUUUCCUCAAAUUCUUCCACUUCUGCUGGAUUUAUUCGUGAAAUUUUUUUCUCAUGAAUCGCUGUCUUUCCCUUCAAUAAAUCAUGUUGAUAUACUUUUGAUAAAGCGUUGGCAAAUUGUCUCUUUGUUAAUAUUGAGAGAUAUGAUUCAGAUGUCACAUAUACAGUACUGUCACUUAAAUACUCAAGAAAUGGAAUUAAAAUUUGGCUUCUUAUAUUUUUGGUAGUGACCCAAGCAAAUAACUGACUGAUAUUUUUGUUUAGUUUUAAUUCCUGGAGUAACAGCAUUAAUGAAGAUUCUUCGUAUUCUAAUUCUAACUUAGAAAUCGGCUCAAUUAUUAUAGCAGUUUUAGAAUUAAUUUUCCGUGAUAAUUCAACAUUGUGAAUAUCUUGUUUUUCGUAGACGACGUUCUGCUCCUUUAGUAGCUGCUCAAUUAUAUUAUUAGACCUUUUUUCUAAUCCGACUUCGUCUAUGAAAAGCACAAACUUUUGAUUUCCAACAAUAUAAUUUGAGAGCAUGAUUGCGAAUUAAAAACAAAAAAUUGGUG